AUGUAUCACCCAAGCCUUACACCAAAUACUCCAAGUACUUUGGAUACCACCCAAGCACUCUCAAUCAACAACAACGAGAUGGAUAUAGAACUAGGACCCCUAGCUACGGCCGCCUUCUUAUGUUUCUUAUCCCUGGUCUCCUUGUUCUUGCUGUUAGUCAUUUCUUAUGUCUACACAGCAGCUGGACGUGAGGAAGAUGAGGAGGAUGAAGAAGACGAGGAGGAUAAGGCGCCGUGGGGACGGUAUGGUAAUGGGCACAUCGUUGGACCAAGGUGUGGUAAUAAGUUCCUUGGACCACCAUCUGAGUCUGAGUCCAAUGACGAAGAGAUUCAGAUCAUAUAUGACGAAGAUGGAGAUAUUCUAGUCGUAGAAGAUGGAAAAAUCCUUAUUCUAUGUGAGGAUGACAUUCUGGUUAUAUAUGACGAAGUCGAAGACAUUGUGAUUAUAUAUGACGAUGAUGAUGGCAAUGUGCUUAUAUAUGAGUAA